UACCUAGAAAUUACUGAUUAUAAUAUGUGGAGUUUUGCAGGAACCCUGAAGUAUUUAGCAGAUAAUGUUAACUAUACAAGUGCAAAUCUACCAGAAAUCAAAGAAGCAUUUUGUCAGCAUAUGGAAAAUCGAUCUACAAGCUGUGCUUUCUACAAGUCGGUACAGAGAAAGGCACAAAAGUUUUGCAGUAAUAUAGAAUCAACACUGGAACGACCAGAAAUCAAAAAAAUUCUUAAAGAUCAAGAUAUAAAAUAUGCGAGGGAAAUAUAUGAUAAAACCGUUGAAUUAAGUAUCAUUACUGACAAGUCAACGAAAAUAGAAAUGUGCGGUAAUAGUUACGAGACAUUUUUGAGAAGUGGUUUAAACGAAGACAAGGAAAACAUUAACGACGAUAACACGAAAAAAGAUAGUGAUAAUGUAGUUAUCCACGAAACACCCACCUCACCCAAUUCAAGACUUGAAAAGGAUUCAGGAU